CCAUCUCUGCAAUCAGGACAAGGUGCCCCUUGCUCACGCAUGCGUACUGGAUACUUUAUGCCAGGGCGAGGUCUGUGUGUAUCUUCGCAGAGGAGCGACUUCACCGAGUUUUCCUCCUAAAGUUGCUUCAAAAUGAGUGACAGUGCUUCUUUCUUCGAGCCCAAAGCUGACGAAGACAAGAAGAAGCCGAGUUUUGAAUUAUAUAUUAAGGCUUCAACGAUAGACGCAAAUGUCAAAGGAUCAUGCCCAAUAUGUCAGCAGUGGUUCAUGUUGGCUUACAUACUGGCAGAGAAACAAUGUGUCAGCUUCCGUGUGUAUACGGUGUGCUCCGCUACGCCACCGGCACCAUUUAGUGCAAGGUUGCAAAGCACGCACCCCUCACAGUACCCAGUAGUCAUUGGACUUGGUGGUGAGGACAGCAAUAACCAAAGUCUAGAAAACCGUGUCGUUGAAACCAUUGAUGAUGUGGAACGGUUCUUUGAAGAAGUGAAUCCAUAUUUUCCGGAUCUUAAAAGGAAUACCACAAAUAAUUUGAAUGCAUUGCGGCUAUUUCAAGACUUGUCAAAAAAAUUUAACUUAUUUCUAGUAUCUCCAGACAAUAGUGGAAUAAAGUUUACAGCUUACCUUAAAACCAUAGAUGAACACCUUCGCAAAUUAGAAACAAAGUUCCUGUGUGGGAGUUCUUUAUCAUAUGCCGACUGUUGUCUUUUGCCAAAACUGCAACAUGUGCGGAUAGCUGGUGCUGCUUUGAAAAAGUAUGAAAUUCCAGAGGAAUUUGAAGGAAUUUGGAGAUACUUAAAAAAUGCAUACGCAAUUCCUGCUUUUUUGGAGACAUUACCAGGAGACAGGGAAGUGGUUUCACACUACAUAUCAAAGGUGAAAAAUGUGGGUGGAAUUAAGCCACCAAAUCUGCAAAAGCUGGAGCCCCCCACCAUUUCUGUGCCAUUGAUAUACCAAGAUGAUCAACAGGUUCAGGUCCCAGAAGAGGAAGAGGAACAGCAAGUGAUCAACAAUGGAAGAGAAGAGGACGAGGUUGAGGUGCCAGAAGAGGAGCCAAGUAGAGAGAAUGGAGAUGACGAGGACGCAAUGCCUGAGCCUGAUGAAGUGAACAGGGAGGUAUAUGAAGAACAACAGGUCUUGGAAAAUGAUGAAACACCGAAGGAAAUUUGUACAAAUGGAGACAAUCUGGAUGAGUGAAGGGAGGUAACUCAGCUAUACAGACAAGGGGAAAAAUAAACUCUAGAUUCUUCAUCUCAAAGGUUAAAUGAGACUGGAGUAAACAUGUCAAAGACAGAGAUUUUGUGCAUUUCUGAUCUAGGCACAUAUAAGGCUUUGAAAUCAUCCAUAUACUGGUCUAUAUGUAGCCAUUGCAAAUGUUAUACACAAGUGUAUUCAAUUUGAACCUUCGUUCAAUGCUUCUUCCAUAAACUGCCUGGAAGAUACAAAACACCAGUCUCCAUAUGUAAUGCAUGGCUCUUGCUCCUAAAAAUAAAACAAUUGAAACAUAAUGUAAAACAUGAUUUCAGUUAAGAAUAAAGGAUGACAAAAUUCUCAAAUGUUUCUGAUGUGUUUCAUAUCCUCCAAGAAAUGGAGUAUAAGAUUAUGAAUAUGUUGUUAACAUCAAAAGUGUUAACCUUGUAUUGUUUAUAUAUAUUUAUAUCAAUUCAUAUUUCAUAGUCUAGACAUAAAAAACAUAUAUUUUAUGGAGUCACCACAAGUAUGAAGAAGAGGCUUUCCAUAAUGUGAACUGCUUCACUUCACUAUGGCUAGUGGUUAUUUGAGAUACUGUACAUAACCUUGUAUGGUGAAUGAUUCAGCUUUAUGUAUACAUACAGUUGUAAAUUACAGUCAAAAUAUUACUCAGAUUUCAGAAAAAAACAUGUUUUAGAUAAGUGUUUUGUCCUGUUCAUGUUUUUGGCAGAAAUCAUUUUAAACUGUUUAAAUGUAAUACAUUGUGUUUACUGUUAUGAUUGUAUUGUGAUAUUUUUCGGAGGGCUUGGCAUCCUGUAUAAAUGAUAGGUAUUUCUUGUAAAUGGAAAUCAUUUAUUCUAUAUGAAAGCUACCCAUGAGCAAACAACAAUUUGCUUAGCAACUGAUUACACUGUAUUUCAGUCUAUGUAAAUGGAGUGGUGGUGGAUUUAUAUAGACAUAUACCAACAAGCUAGCAAAUCUAAUUUUUUCUGACUUGUCCUUGUCUUUCAAAAGUAAGCACCGUCCACUGACUAUGUGCCUACAUAUACAAAAUUUCAACUGUGCCUUCCUAUUGAAAAAAAGUUAUUUUAAGGUACUUUGUAGUCUUUACAUUGUCCUCGUCUAUAUUUCACAACUUCAUGGCUAGAUCAAUGGAUUCAGUAGAAUUCUGAUUCAAAAGCUGACAAAUAUGUGCGGUUACAUGUAUUGUUAACCAACAAGAAAAGUUACAUUAUAUUAAGUAAAUUUUUUCUUUUUAAAUCUGUCUUCAAACUUUUCAAUUGUUAUUAUCCUAUAUAUAUAUAUAUGUAAUUUAUAAUAACCUGAUAAGAAAAUUUGAAAAGAAUUUAUAAAAAUGUUCACAGAUUUGUGAUGAACUUAAUCUGCUAUUGUAUGUUACAUAAACAAUAUACCAUAAGUAUUUACCUAAAUUUACUAGACAAUAGUGUGUUAUCACUUAAAACACUAAAUAUGAAAAUAGUAUCUUAUUUCACACUACUAUAAGUGAUGGUGUAUGAAAGAUAUAGAUGUAAAUUGUCUAAUGGCACACUUUAUCAUUUUACAGAAGAAGACAUUUUCUCCAUGCAGAGAUAUGUAGAUAUUGGUUGUUUACUGUGUUAGUAGAAAGCUACAACUAUGAACUGUUCAUGAAGUCAAGUGUAUGCUCAUGGUUUGAGGACAGAGAGGUUGGACUGUUGUUUAAUAGUGUGAUAACAAAUUUGAUAAACAUUUUGUCAUGUUUAUGAAUAUGUAUAUACGUAUUUAUGGUGAUUAUACACCUGAGACCAGACUACUUAUGUAUAGUUCAUAAAUUACAUGUUGAUAGAACCAAAAAUUAAUUUUUUAAGAAAAAAUAUAUUUUCAUAAAAAUUAAAAUUGUUGAAAGUUGAAAAAAAAACAACUACAUGAUGAUUUUGUUUAUUGAAAAAUUGCAAUGAGGAGGAUAAAAUGAUUGUUGUGUGAUCAUGGUAUCUUACUAAUGAAACCAUUCAGAUGUUGUUAAUGUCCUUGAUCAUUUGUCUUUUGAAAUGAGCUUUGCCUUGACUGUUGUAAAGGCUAGAAGAGAGAUGUAGUUGUGCAUUUUGUUUUCAUGUUUGUUAAAAGGAAGCUUAGCAGUUUGUACACACUAUAUGUUGGUCUAUUUUUGAGGUAUACGUCUCUUUUUACCUACUUAUUUAUGCAGCUAACUUCAGGACCAGUAAGUCCCGUUGAAAAUAGUAUUUUCUUCAUAACUCUUAUGUUGUAAUUUACUUUACUAAAAUUGGAUUGAUUCGGAGAAAAACUAAUCAUUGCAUGUAUAUUCCUGUGAUCUGGAAAAAUUGGAUUGAUUUAAAGUCAGAAACCUAAAUACUUGUAUUAAUGACCGAAUUUCUUAUCAGUAAUCUCCAUUUUUACAAAUACAUUUUGUUUGGAUUACAAGUUUGUGUCACAUUUGAUUGCAAUAUUUUCCCAUUAAAAUGACAAACAUUGUUUCAAUAGCUACAUGGAUAAAGAAGGUUCACCAUUGAAUUCUGUGAGAUCACAUUCUAUAAUGAAUUUUUGCAGCUUUUGUACAUGGUAUGUAAAUGAAAAUUUUCUAGGAAAUUUAUUAUGGAAGGCAUCACUUCGAAAGUUGAUCAAAUUGUUAUAAAAUAAUAUCAAUAAUAAUUGGAUAUAAUUGCUGUUGGCCUUUGUCCUUGUUUGUUCCAUUCUACAGUUGGCUUCCAGGAAUUACAAUCAUAUUGAAACAGCUUUAAUAGUUGGCAUUAAAUUGAUGUUUCUUUAACUGUGGAAGUAAUUCAAUUCCUUAUUUAAAUGUGGAAACAAUUUAUAUGUGGCUUAAUUCAAGGCAAAGCAUUAGCAUUUAUGUAAAAGAUGAAAGUUGUUACAAAUAUGCCAGAUGUGGGUGCAUUUGUUAUAUUACCUCUGUAAUAUCAUUGUCAAAUGUAAUCUUUAUAUAUGAUAGAAUUAUGAAAUAAAGAUAGUGAACAGAA